UUCCCACAAUACAAUUCUAGACUUGAAAGAAUUAUUUUAAACGAAUUGACUUUUCUUUAAUGUUUUGAUUUGAAGUAGUGUUAUUAGGUACCACUUUUGCACUACCAACUUGCCUGGCUUUGACCGAAUAGGACUGAUUAUUGGAUAAAGGACAAAAUAAAUAUGGGAUUCAAAUUUCUGGAACUGCUUAAACCGUUCAUAUCGGUAUUGCCUGAAGUCUCGAAACCAGAACGAAAGAUUCAAUUUAGAGAAAAAGUUCUAUGGACAGCAAUUACGUUAUUUAUCUUUUUGGUUUGUUGUCAGAUUCCAUUAUUUGGUAUUAUGUCAUCAGACUCAGCUGAUCCAUUUUACUGGCUUCGUGUAAUUAUGGCUUCAAAUAGAGGUACUCUUAUGGAGUUAGGUAUAUCUCCAAUAGUCACCUCUGGUCUUAUUAUGCAACUUCUUGCUGGUGCAAAGAUACUUGAAGUAGGUGACACUCCACGUGAUAGAGCUUUGUUUAAUGGUGCCCAGAAACUAUUUGGGAUGGUCAUUACAAUAGGGCAAUCUAUUGUUUAUGUCAUGACUGGAAUGUAUGGUGAUCCAAGUGAUUUAGGUGCUGGUGUUUGUCUUUUGAUCAUUAUUCAACUUUUCUGUGCUGGCCUUAUUGUUCUAUUACUUGAUGAGUUGUUGCAAAAAGGUUAUGGACUUGGUUCUGGAAUUUCUUUGUUUAUUGCAACAAAUAUUUGCGAAACAAUUGUUUGGAAAGCCUUCAGUCCUGCAACCGUUAACACAGGAAGAGGAACUGAGUUUGAAGGAGCUGUUAUUGCUUUGUUUCAUCUUCUUGCUACGCGCACAGACAAAGUUCGAGGUCUGCGUGAAGCUUUUUAUAGACAAAAUUUACCAAAUUUAAUGAAUUUAUUAGCAACAGUCUUUGUUUUUGCAAUUGUUAUAUACUUUCAAGGAUUUAGAGUUGAUCUACCAAUUAAAUCCGCUCGAUACAGAGGUCAAUACAGCUCUUAUCCCAUUAAACUUUUUUAUACUUCAAAUAUCCCAAUCAUUUUGCAAAGUGCAUUGGUAUCAAAUGUAUACAUAAUUUCUCAAAUGUUAUCUGCAAAGUUUUCUGGAAACUUCUUUGUUAAUCUUCUUGGAAUAUGGAAUGAAGCUGGAGGUCCAAAUAGAUCAUAUCCUAUUGGUGGUUUAUGCUAUUACUUAUCACCUCCUGAAUCACUUAGCCAGAUAACUGCUGAUCCUGUACAUGCAUUGUUAUAUAUAGUGUUUAUGUUAGGUUCUUGUGCAUUUUUUUCAAAGACUUGGAUUGAUGUCUCUGGAUCAUCUGCUAAAGAUGUUGCUAAGCAACUCAAGGAGCAGCAAAUGGUUAUGAGAGGUCAUCGCGAAAAAUCGAUGAUUCACGAACUUAAUAGAUAUAUACCAACUGCUGCUGCUUUUGGAGGUCUUUGUAUAGGAGCUCUAUCAGUUUUAGCUGAUUUUAUGGGUGCCAUUGGAUCAGGCACAGGAAUUUUGCUUGCUGUAACAAUUAUAUAUCAAUAUUUUGAAAUAUUUGUUAAAGAACAAAGUGAACAAGGCGGUGUGGGAACUUUGCUUUUCUAAUUUAAUGAACGCUUUAGUGUUUUGUAGAUAUUCAAAAUACAUCUCCAAAUCAA